ACGAAUCAUAUUUUUAUACUAGAAUUUAGUUGAUUGCUUCCUGUGCGCCUUUUUGAAACGAAAAGAAGCAAAAAUGGUUUUCGAGGGCUUGAUGAAAUUUACUGAGAAAGGAAAUUUGACUUCUUUUCUAUUAUUCAUUUUAUUCAUAGGUAUUUCAUGGACUUUGAGCUUGAACUUUAUAAAAUGGAUUAAGCGUCGGAAAACUUUACCUCCGGGACCUAUCGGGCUACCAUGGGUGGGUUAUUUGCCAUUUUUAGGUUCAGAGCCCCACAAGACAUUAUGGGAGAUGAAAGAAAAGUAUGGAGAUAUAAUUGGCUUGAAAUUAGGUUCAAGGUUUACUGUUGUUUUAAAUGAAUAUUCUGUGGCUAAGGAAGUCAUAACCCAUCUAGGAGCCUUAGACAGACCACCGGAUCUUUUUAAUCAUAUACCUCUUCUUGGUUUUGGGGAUGCAAACGGUGAAAAAUGGAUCGAACAAAGAAGAUUUUGCUUAUCCGUUAGUCGUGAUCUUGGACUAGGAAGAAGUUCUUGGGAAGAUCUUGUUAUGGAAGAAGUACAUAGUUUUGCUGAUGAGAUUCAAAACUCAGGAGGGCGCCCAGUGAUUAUAUCUGAAACAUUGGCGCACUCUGUGACAUCAAACAUAAUCUCUCUUCUCAUUGGUCGCAAGCUUAACAAGAAAGAUGAAGCAAAUAAAAUCCAACUAUCUUUAGACUUCGCUGAUGUUGCCUUCACCUACAUGGGACCAUCUGAUCCAGCUACAGUAAUGCCAGGUUUGCGAAAGUUGCUAGAAGUAUCCAAGAUAUCUGGAUAUAGCAGAGCGGCAAAAAUUAUAAAAACAUUUGGAAAAUUUAUUAAGGAAGAAGUAUAUCGUCAUAAGAAAUCUGAAGAUCGGGAUGAUUUCAUAAACUCCUAUCUUAGUAAAUUGAAGAAACUAGAUAGCAAAGAGAGUAAUACUCAACAUUACUUUUCAGAAAAAAUGCUGGAAGGAAAUGUGACAGUUCUUUUCCUGGGGGCUAGUGACACCAUUACAAGUUCACUGGGUUGGCUUUUCAGACUAAUGGCUGACUAUAAAGAUAUUCAAGAUAAAGUUUAUAAAGAAAUCAUGGAUGUUAUUGGCAAAGAUGGUGCUGUUAAGUAUGAAGAGAGAGACAAAAUUCCUUACACCUUUGCAGUGCUAAUGGAGUCGCAGCGUUUCUCAAGCAUCGUGCCCCUGAGUACAACUAGAAAAGCUAAUCAAGAUAUUCCAAUUCGAGAUUACAUUAUCCCGAAAGGUGCAGAAAUAACAAUGAAUCUGUGGGGUCUGCAUCAUGAUCCAAAAUAUUGGAACGAGGUAGACAAAUUUAUUCCUGAACGAUUUUUAUCGAAUGAUGGAACAAAAUUGAUAAAACAGCCUGAAAGUUUCGCUCCUUUUUCAUAUGGAAGACGAAUGUGCCCGGGUGAAACAGUAGCCUGGAUGGAAAUAUUGUCCUAUUUUAGUCAUAUAGUGAGAAAUUAUGAAAUAUCUUUCCCGCCAGGAGUUAAGCCUGACUAUAGGAUCAUGACUGGCCUAGUUCAACGAUUAGUUCCUCAGCCAAUGUGUUUCAAAGAAAGAAGCUAAAACAAAAUAUUGAAUUGCAACAUCUUAUUUUUAGAUUCAACUGAUUGUCUAUAAUAAUAAAAUGAAGAGUUUGUGUGCGUC